UGUUAACCGGAUAUUACAGUUAACCAGCUAUUAUUGGUAACCGGAUAUUACAGCUAGCCAACUAUUACAGUAUGAAGGUUGUUACAGUCAACCAGCUAUUAUUGGUAACCAGAUAUCACUGCUAACCAGAUAUUACUGUUAUCCGGAUUUACUGCUUGCCGGUAAUCACUGUUAGCCAGUUGUAACAGUUAACCAGCCUACAGCUAGCCGGUUGUUACAGUGAACAGGUUGUUAAUGUGAACCAGUUAUUAUUGUUACUGCUAUGCUACUGCUAACCGUUAAGUAUUGCUAUCCAGUUAAUAUUGUUGACCAGCUAUCAGCUAAGAGGCCCAGCUCGAAAACUCAAGUCUUCCGCCUUUUUAUUUCGAUACUGUAGUAACCAUUGUCGAAUGUAAUCAAUUCAUCGAUUGUAUCAUAAUCAUUAACACUAUCUUUGUCUCUUUAUCCGCAUUAACUUAAUCACUUAAUCAACAGCACAUUUGUAGCGUCCCCUCCUUCUAUGUGUAUUGCAGUCAGUAGAUUCAUUAAAACCCAACAGUCACACAAUAUUGUCUCUUGCUGGCUCCGUGUUUUCUGCGCCUUGAAUCGAAUCAUAAAAAACGACGGCAUGUCAAGAAAAGAACUUGCAAUAGAAUUAAUAUAGGAACGUAUCAAAAUCAACAGUCGUUCCAAUAAUACUUUGUACUGCAAGUUCAAAACACAAUACGUCUUCAUUGGAAAAACAAACGAUUUUAAAAGAAAUCAGCGCGGAAUAAAAUGCUCUUGCUCGAGCUAUUGAAUGCCCACUUUUAUCACCGCAAACAUCAAAUAGCCACCCCACCCACAUUGAAUAAUUUCGAUUUUGUUAUUUAACAUGGCAAUCACUUUUCGUAAGGCAAAGAUAUCUUGCGCCAUUUUUCGGAAAUAAGAGAAGAUCCAAAGCUAUCAAACAAAAUUAGGCAUCAGAUAGUAGUCUAAUUAUUCUGUGACAUUAGAAUCGAAAAUUGUUGUAAGACCGUUAUCAAUUCCUAAAAUAAUAACGAUGAGCCAAUAUUGGAAAGGUUAUCUGAUACCAACAAGAUAAUGAAAGCCCCCCCACACAAGACACUUGUUGAAAUAAUUGUCGUAUCUUGAAAAUAAUUGCGCAAUUCCUUUUUAGGACCUACGGUCCUAGCAAAAGACACAUGAAAGGAAACUUGGCACGCCAAGUUCAGGUCAUGGUUGUUAGAUUUUGGUUAAUUAAAAUGUGGACUUGAAUAGCACAUUGGAUUCUAUUGAAAAUAAGAUUUUUACUCGGAGAAGAAGCACUAGGAAAAGAGAUAACUGCACAGUACUUGGUCAUGUGACCAACUGAAGAACACCUGCCUGAUAACUGCAAAGGAUUCUGCAUAUCUUGUGUCUCCUGAGCGAGGGUUAAUACAAAUUAGCAAAACAGCAGACGGUUAUGCCACGAAAAAAGCCACAGCUGAUGAAGAUUGAAGAAGCAACAUUUGGCUUUGGUGUUGAUGGCCUGUAGCCUCUACAUUAAAUCGUCCUUCAUCGAUAACAGUCCCGGAUUAUCAUUACUGCAAGAUUUGCUUCGGGGAUACAAAAUAAGGUCCGUUGGUACUUACCCAAAGAUCAAGGAUGACCUUCCACAUUGUCAAGAUUACAUUCUACGUUCUAAUUUGUUUUGCGAGCGUGACCAGUAACGCUGUAUUGAUAACAAUACUCCUUCGCUUCGAGCAUCUUCGAACAACAGCCAACCUUUUUGUGCUGAACUUGGCGCUAUGCGACGUUGCGACUGUGCUUCUGGGGAUACCAUUCACAAUUGGCGUCGAGGAAUCAUAUUCUUACCCCUUUGGGAAAGCUGGUUGCAAGAUAUUGAUGCCAGCGGCAACGGCUGCAUUCAAUUCGGCUGCGUUUACACUGCUUGCAAUUGCUAUCGACCGCUUUUAUGCAAUCAUGUUCCCAAUGAGAGCUCGCUUGCAAUCCUGUAAAAAGAAGUCAUUUGUCCUCUGUCUUCUGCACGGCUUGUCGAUUGUUUCCGUCGUCCCAUUCUCAAUUCACCAAAGGUACAUUAAGAAUGUAGAUAAACACGUAUGCAUUGAGGUAUGGCCAGAAGGCGGCAGUCGAAUCUACACGCUGGCUUUGUUCUGUAUUCAAUAUGCGUUGCCAUUAACACUAAUAGCGAUCCUAUACAGCGUGUCGUGGAAUGAAAUUCGCAAGAAAAACAAAGUGAUCAUAGAGAUGCAGGAAGUACAACAAAGAGGAAAGUGCCAUUUCAGCCGAUCUCAAAGCUGGGACGCUGCCAUGAGGCGACAUGACUCAAACUCGUUGCCAAUGGGGAACACGUCCAAAGGAACCGAAAAAGUGGUCAUAAAAUCAACAAGUAGUUACUCCUUCAAGUCAAACUACCUUGAAGCUGUGGAGGAGGGGAGCAACUACGAGCCUACUGAUAAUGCCCAAGAUGACGAUGAAACAGCCACUAGGGAGGAGACACCCAUCAUCAGUUCGACGGAUGUUGCGAAUCAAAAUAGUGUAAAUCGAGAAGAGCAGAAGAAAUUUAAAAAGCGCAAUCAAUCUUCUCCUUACUGGUCCGGUAAAUUUAUCUAUAAAAGUAAGAAGCCGGUUCAAAGAGGUGCAAGUCAAUACGCCCGCACGACUGUUGAGACAAGGCAGCUUGUAAGCACGGAAGACAGUAGCGGAGUCAAGCGGUUUGCUGUUUCCCCGGCCGGAAGCAGAGCUAGUCCGAUCAUGAAUCAUCUGAAGAGAAAGCGCGAUAAGAAGUCAAAAAUUUUAAAGUUAUGUAAACCAUUAAGCAAGAGGAACAACAGGAGGAAAACAAAGGAUGAUGGUUCACAAGGUAGCAGUGAAAAUACGAAAAUGCUCGGGCAAGAUGCUUCGUCUAGCACAGAAAAUAACCUCAAAAGUAUCAGUCCUCAAGCUGAAUGUGAGGGACAACAAAGACGGCCUACACUACUAGGUGAUAAAGAAGAAUUGGAUAGCGGAGGGGAAACCAAUUAUUCAACUGGCCAAGGUGUUACAAAACCUGCUUUUCGGCUGAAGAGAAAGGCUACAUCGAUGGAAGGAUGCAAGCAAGCAGCUGAGGCAGCAGCGGGUGUCGCAACCUCAACGAGACAGGCAUCUGGUAUGACAAACGAAGAAGCGAAGAAACAGACCGUUGGGGUCCACCAAGAGCUAAGCUGUGGGCGAAUGCCUGGGCAAGAACCUGGUAUGACGUCAACAACAGCCGUUUCACAAUACGUGGAAUCGUCUAAUGCGAGCAAAAUGAAGCAGAGCGCAAGUUCACCAGCAAUUUCAACAGCAGCAACCCAAUCGCAGAGAAGGAGAGAGUCGAUGCCUGCAGCCUGGCAGAAAUCUACGAACCAACAGGAAGUCAAAGCGACCAGAUUCAGUCAGAAAAAACGUCUUACCCAGGUAGUGUCGCAAAAUAGUAAUGAGAGUAUGAGUGUCGCAUCGAUCAAGCGAAUGAAGCAAACACGGCGCACACUUCGAAUGUUCACCUGUGUUGUUGUCGUGUUCGCAAUUUGCAUGCUGCCAAAUCAGAUCACGUGGAUAUGGAUGGCAUUCAAUGGGGCACAUUUGAAUCAUAUACUCUACACCGUCUUCUACUUUCUAACUUAUACCAAUUCUGUUAUCAACCCGUGGAUUUACGGGGCGGUGAAUCCAAGUUUUCGAAGGGCCUACAGUAAGAUAUUUUUCUGCAAAUCAAAUCAGAAUUUAACAAGACGAAAUCCAACGCGAAGCAGCAGCAAGCUGAGUUUUUUGUGGCUAGGCAGCCGAACAUCGGAUGCAAAUACUUCUACGCGGCAUUGGAACUCAAGAAAAUCUCUAAUCGAGAAUGUCGCCUAAAGAUAUGCCGCUCGUGAUUUGCGAAAACAUUACUUAGACUGCACUUUAUUAAAGGCAUUGAGUCAUGAUAAAAUGGAUAGGGUAUACCCUAAGUGCCAAAAUCCGCUGAGUCAUGAUUUUCAUGACUGCGAUGCUAUUGGUUGACCUUGAACUGGUCACAUGAACUCACCUCGUACUGAUUGACAAAGCAGUUUCCAUCAAUAGCAAGUUGUCAACAACGGAUGCCAAUAUCACAUGAAACAGCAGCGAUCACGCCGAAACCAAAUGACCCCCUAUAGAGAAGGCCUAUUUACCAUGACUCAAUGCCUUUAACACUGAAGUGACUAGUUAGGGUCAAAAUAUCAAAGACUAUCUAACACCGGCACAUAGUCGGUUGCAAUGAUUACAAAUCCAGUAAAAGUAAGUAAAUAUCCACUUGCCCCUUUAGAAGUGAAGAUCGGUCUUGGUGGGGAUUGGGUUUGAGAGGAAGUGUGUCAAGCGAAGUGCAUCACUUGCAUCGGCAGCCAUUUUCUCAAUUUCCUGGUACAAAUAACACCCCAAUACCUUUAUGAGUUGGUAAUCUCCGAGAAAUAUCGAGUAGGGGGAGGGAGUUGCAUUGCAAAUGCCCCUAAACCCUCCAUUACCCUGGCAUUGUAGAAAACACAAUCAUGUCAAACAAAAAUUCAGCAAAUUAUAGCAUAUGGGUUUAGCUUUAUUAUUUGGUAAAUAUUAUCACUCUGCUUAAUACAUGUAUAUAAAUAACGUCUCUAUCCGUGAUAGGCAGACGAUGUUUUACUUCGGACACUUUCGAACGGUCCGUAACAUUUAUUGUUAUUAAUUGCAAUAGCCGCUGGAAGGUUAAAUCAGUUCUAUGAUGUAUCACGUUCAGCUUUGUAAUCUGGGGGAUACUCCCAUAUGAAAGGCAGUGAGGGGGAUGCCGCCAAAGUUAACUUUACGAAUCAAUGCCACGACUCGAUCACAGCUCAACAAGAAAUAUCGCACGACAGGGACAGAUUUAAGAAAACAAGUGUCAUAUUACCAAUUAAUCUGAAAACUAUGUUGGUGAUUUUUUAGUUAAACAGGAGUCAGUAGCAGUUUCUUUGAGCAAGCAAAAGUAUUUCUGUUAUUGCUGUUACUGAUAUUUUCCGACUAGGGAGGGUAAAAAGAGACCCCCUCUGCUAUGCAGAUUGUCAUACUGGGUUAUUCCCUAGAUUUGUAGUUCAAAGACAAAGCAAUCACAGGAGCAACUAUGCUUGCUGCGAAAAAUCCGUAUCUAUAAUUUUGCAUUAACGUUUAGAAUGCAUAUCAUAUUAGCUAAAAUAUAAUGGCAUAGACAGAAAUAAGCUACUGAUAAUUGGCUUAAUAAAAGAAAGCAAAAAAGCCUGUCUCAACUUAAUCGAAAUAUGAUUUCUUAAAUAUCGCAUAUAUUGGUAUCGCACACAGCUUCAAUCGUAAUAUCAAAUAUUAUUCUAAGUAAAGCAAUUAUUCAGAACCAU